AUGCCUUCUGCAACUCCGUCGCUCGACGUCCCCAUCGCAGUCGUCGGCCUAGCAUGCCGUUUCCCUGGUGAUGCCAGCUCUCCUUCAAAGUUUUGGGACAUGCUUAAGAAUGGCAGAGAUGCAUACUCGCCCACAUCAAGCAGGUGGAACUCGGAUGCUUUCUACCAUCCAGUCAAUGGCAAACUGAAUUCGCUCCCUACCAAAGGUGGACACUUCCUCAAAGAAGAUCCUUAUGUCUUCGAUGCAUCCUUUUUCAAUAUCACAGCAGCAGAAGCUAUCGCUCUAGACCCUAAGCAGCGGAUGGCUCUUGAAGUGGCAUAUGAAGCAUUCGAGAACGCCAACAUGCCACUUCAACAGAUUUCAGGCACCCAAACAGCCUGUUACAUUGGGUCGGGCCCAAGUGACUAUCGGGGAUCGGUCGAACGAGACUUCUUACACAAUCCCAAGUACCAUCUUCUAGGGACUGGUGACGAGAUGAUCUCCAACCGUAUCUCUCAUUUCUUCGAUAUUCACGGCCCUAGUGCCACAGUCCAAACAGCUUGCUCAUCGAGUCUCAUGGCCACUCAUUUGGCAUGUCAAAGCUUGAAAUCAGGGGAGUCGGACAUGGCCGUCACCGGUGGCGUCAGCUUGAUGCUCACUCCCGACUUCACGACACAUCUCAACAACCUCACAUUUCUGAAUCCUCAGGGUCGAUCGAAAGCUUUCGACGAAAGUGCGGGCGGAUACGGUCGCGGUGAGGGCUGUGGGAUUAUCAUUUUGAAGCGCCUGGACAAGGCUAUCCAAGAUGGUGACAGCAUUCGGGCUGUUAUUCGUGCGACUGGUGCCAAUUCAGAUGGUUUCACACAAGGAAGUAAGUGA